UAGGUGCAUUGUGCCAAAAUGCCCAGUUCAACAAGCAGCAGUGCGUGUAUUAUUCAGCUUUUAAAAAGUAUCGAGCCUCUUCGAGCCUCGCGGAGCCUAGACCUUAGGGAGUGUCUUGAUAGUCCUCUCUGUCCAGUAAGGGAGAUCAUACCUGAAUAUUAAAAAAAGGGUGUUGGCUUGAGAUCGACCAGAUCUAUUUUCGCUGGGGUUUCUUAGUAUACUCAAAGUCAACAACCUGAUUGCAAAGAAGCAUGUCUCCAGCAUACAGCGAAAGCUGUUGUACAGCCAAGCCGGUCAUUGAGGAAGGUGUAUAUAAGGAGCGAGGGAGUUUCACGACAAUUGACGGUGAUCGAGCUUACGUGAGUGGUGGCUCCUCGAGCACCGGAGGGAUCUUGUUCAUCUAUGAUGUGUUCGGGUACACUUCACAGACGCUGCAAGGUGCCGAUAUACUGGCCAACUCGGAACUUGAGUCUAUCGUGGUCGUGCCCGACCUUUUCGGGGGCGAAUAUAUGAAGAAGGAGUGGUACGCGGAGAAAACCGAGCGGAACGAAACACAAAUCAAAGCUUUUCUCUCCAGCAAGGCCAGUAUCGAGACGGCUGUCCAGAGACUACUCGGAAAGGAUGGGGCCGACGCCCAAGAAGGAGGUUUGCUAGCUUCUGUCAAAGAGCGUUACCCUUCCGUCACAAAGUGGGCCGUCAUUGGAUAUUGCUGGGGUGGGAAGGUAGCGGCGCUGGUCUCGGGCACUGGGACGCCUUUCAAGGUCGCGGUCUCGACCAGUCCUGCUUUGCUCGAUCCCGCCGACGCUGCCAAAGUCGUGAUUCCUAUGGCGGUGCUGGCUUCUAAGGACGAGCCCGCAGAUGCGGUUCGCGCUUACGGAGACGCCUUGAAGGUUGAAAAGCAUGUUGAGACGUGGCCUCAAUCUGUGCAUGGUUGGAUGAGCUCGAGAGCAGACUUGUCGGAUCCUCAACAGAAGCGAGAGUACCAGAGGGGUUACAAAGUGGCCAUCGACUUUAUUAAACAACAUUGGUAAGGCUUAAGAGGGCCGAAUUUGUCCAUACAUAGCAGUGAUGCGGGCUGGGAUUUUGCAAGCGGCAGUACAGGGACUGGGAUUCGACAGGAAUGGUCUAUUGGCACUACCUAACAGCUAUAGAGCUGCCCCUCUCCAUGUCAGGUUGUCAUCAUCAAUGAGCUCGAUCAGCUUGCCCGCUAGAUAAUGGGCGAGCUGGGCAGAAUCGUAGAAUGAUCACUCUGGACCACGUGUGGGUUGUUGUUGGCACCGAAGCCAGCCAGCGUUUCUAAAUAGCCG